AUGUCUAUUCCACCUCAACUCAUUCGCGUGAAGCGCAAACGUGACGACGAGUCACCCGUGACCUUUCUUCAGUUCGACGAAGGCGCAAAACGACAUCGAAAUGACAGCAACUGGGUCUACCAAAGAAGAAAUCCAGGCCCUCAGUCUCCAACAAUAGAAGCUCCCGCCUCGACUUUCCGUGAUGCCAAACCCGUCAUUCACGUCUCCAGCCCUGGCAAUGAUGCAGACCAGACAAAGGAGGCUAUCACCUCCCGGGACGUCACCUCUCCCUCGGAUGCGAAGCCCGCCGAUGCCUCCAAAGCCUCUGAACUUCGACGUUUCCAUAUAUCAAGAAAGAUGAUGAUGGCUUCUGGUACAGCUCAGCCUUCCACCACUGGCCUCACCAAGAAGCCGCGCUACGGUCCUGCUGUUUUUGUCGAGAGAAGCCGUGCCAAGGCCAGUCAACGAGCAUCGAAGGUCCUCCAAUCUAUCCAGGCAUCAGUGGUGGUACCGUCUGUCCAACAAAACGAAACCGCUGCCAUGCCCGCCGACGGCAACCUUGAAGUGCGGCCCACGGAAGAACGACCACAGGAGGAGCGGCGCCUGAAGAAGCCGGCAGCGAGGAGCAGGCAGAACUCUCCUCUUCCUGGCCCCAACACACGCACUGCCCUACCAACAUCUGUCAUGAACCCUCAUAAUCAGGACUUGUCAAAGAUGGCGGAAGACAUGAACAGCUGGGUCAUGAAAGAGCUUGGCGCCAAUCUCCAAGAGAUGGAGCAAGAGAAGCAGAAGGCAGCUAGAUUCAAGCCUAAAGCUCCAGCAAAGAGAUACCAGGAGCGUCACCCAGAAUCAGCCACGAGCAACACGGAAUCCAACGACGUGGACAUGACCACAGGCGACGUGAGUGAUAUGGAGGACGAUGACGACUGGGUUAUCGAGGAAUACGUUCGUGUUCCCGCGCAUGCAAUGAAGGUCAACGUGGCGCCAACAGAUGUCGGCGUGUUGGUUCUCGACGGCAAGGAAGAGAGUAACUUGUUCUUCGGUCCUGAACGUGACGAAGACGAUGAGCUUGACGAGGACGACGAGGAUGAGAACGCCGAAAACUACUACACAGCAGACUACCCAGAGGACGAGGUGGAUUCGGACGACGAAUACGGGCGCCAUGCCUAUGGCUAUCGCAACGGGAACGCAUCCGACGACGAGGAGUUUGACAACGAAGACUUUGACGAAAGCGACAAUGACAUGGUACUCGAUAUCAACAACGACGAUGAUACCACCAUGGCUCGUAUCAGGACCUAUGUGAAACGCAGCCGUGCUUUCGCAUAG